AUGAGUUCUCCAGUUACGAAGGCCGAGUCUCCGGCGCCUCAGUCUCCGCAAAAGGCCAAGACACCUGAGCCCACGUCUCCGCCAAAGGCCAAGUCGCCAACACCUGCUCCUGCGUCUCCUCGGAGCCCCCAAUCUCCAGAAGCCGUUGUUGCCUCCGAUCCGUCUAGUAGUGCUCUGCCUGGAACUCAUUGGACUCAGCAAGGACUUCCGACGGUGGGCGAUGACGCCGAUUCGACCCUAGGAAGCGACAUCGAGAGCUCGACGGCCUCCAUCUCGUCGAGCAUUCUCAACUACCGCACCCUCAAUGGCCGCACCUACCACAGCGACUCGGUGGCGAACAAUGAGUACUGGGCUCCCAAUGACCCGAAGCACAUGGAGGCCUUGGAGGUUCUCUACCAUGCCCUCGAAUUGGCCCGUGGUGGAUUGCACCUGGCCCCUCUUGAGGACAACAUCCAGAAUGCCGUGGAUAUUGGUACCGGCUCAGGCCUCUGGGCGAUCGACUUUGCCGAUAGGUACCCGAAUUGCAACGUAGUCGGCACCGAUAUAUCGCCCAUCCAGCCCAGCUGGGUGCCCCCUAACCUCCGGUUCGAGAUCGACGAUGCCACCAAGGAGUGGACCUUCAAGGAGAACUUGUUUGACUUUAUCCACAUCAUGUUCCUGAACGGCUGCUGCGGGAACUGGACGGAUAUUUAUAAGGAGGCGUACCGGUGCUGCAAGCCUGGUGGCUGGAUCGAGCACUAUGACGUUUCGCCUUUGGUCCUCUCCGACGACGGGACUGUUCUCGAGGGUUCUGCGAUGGACCAGUACGGCAAGGUGUUCAGAGAGGCGGGCAAGCGGGUCGGGAUCGACACAUGCACGGCUGAUAACGGCACCAUGGAGAACGGGAUGAAGGAGGCGGGAUUCGUCAAUGUGAAGGUUUUUGAUAUCAAGUUGCCCAUCUCUCCCUGGCCAAAGGACCCCAAGAUGAAGGAGAUCGGCCUCUACACCUAUGCGACCAUGACAACAGACGUGGAGGGUCUCGUCCAGUUCAUGUACAGCAAUGUGAUGGGCUGGAGCGAAGAGGAGGUUGCAGUGUAUGCGGCCCACAUGCGCCGGGAGCUGAAGGACAUGAAGAUCCACGGAUACUUCAACUGGAAGGUGGUGUAUGCCCAGAAGCCCGAGUAA